AUGGCCGACGACAACCUGAGCGCCUUCCGCGCUCACCUCCCUGAUCUUUCCCAGCCGCGCUUUACUACCAUGAAGAAGCAGGAUGCCCAUGAGUAUGCCAAAGCCUUCAUAGAGGACGGCAACCCGCCGUGGCUGCACGGUCUGUGGCAACACUGGCGGCGUCUAUAUCAGGAGCCGUUCAAGGGGAUUACGAAUGAUGGCCGCGUCCGCAACGACCUCUUUCACCUCCGCGACGACGGCAUCCUCAUCUCUUCCAUCGUCGCCGCAGCCAACAAUCUCUUGUCCCUCCUAACCCCCGACCAACUCUCCAAAACCAUCUUCCACAUCGACGCCCCCGAAUGGCGUACCUGGUCCAACCCCGAAUUCCUCCUCUCCAACAAGGGCAUCCGUCUCGACGAAGUCUCUGACUCCAUCCGCUCUGCCGCCCUGAACCUCCUCAAAGAGACUUUGUCUCCCGAAGGCUAUGAGAAGGCUUUGGGAGCGAUGCGCAUCAACGGGUUCCUUGGCGAAUUGGUCGGCGCGCCGCAGAUCUGCGGUGAGUUCAGCUACAACGUGUGUUUCUUCGGGACGCCGUCCGAACAACAGGCCUGGGGGUUCCAGUGGUAUGGGCAUCACUUGUGUCUCAACAUCUUUCUUUACCGCAGCACCAUUGUUGUCUCGCCGUUCUUCACGGGGGCUGAGCCGAAUGGGAUUGAUGACGGCCCGUAUAAGGGGACGAGGAUAUUACAUGAGGAGGAGAGGCUGGGAUUGGAGCUGAUGAGGAGUUUGGAGGGGAGUGUGAGGGAUAAGGUGCAGGUUUUUAAGGAACUGAAGGAUCCGGGGAUGGAGCAUGGGAGGUGGAAUCACGACGAUCAGAGGCAUUUGUGUGGUGCUUAUAGGGAUAACCGGGUUGUGCCGUAUGAGGGGGUUGUUGUUUCUUCGUUCUCUCUUGAACAACAGGCCCUGGUGAAGGCAAUCCUCAACCAAUUCCUUCUCUACCUCCCCCAGCGGGCAAGGGAACUCCGGAUCGAAGAAUGCGAGCGCUGGUUCCACGAGACAUACUUCUGCUGGAUUGGGGGAUACAGGGACGGGGAUGCUUUCUAUUACAGGAUACAGAGCCCCGUGGUGAUUGUCGAAUUUGACCACCAUUCGGGAGUGUUCUUGACGAAUAAGGAGCCGAAGCGGUUCCAUAUACAUACGCUGUUGAGGACGCCGAAUGGGGGCGAUUAUGGGAUGGCGUUGAGGAAGGAGUGUGAAGGGAUUCGGCAGGAGUGGGUUUGGGAGGGGGAUAAGGAGUAG